UAUCAACCCGUUGGUGGAGACAAAAACAUGACGGUUCACACAUGGGCGUUUUUAGUUUUAUGUACGUUCCAAGCGCGGUGUUCUGCCAACUUCGGGGAACCUUUGCUCCACGGAUUCGACAACAUAUUUGACGAUAUGGGUGAAGUUCGUGUCGAGGAGUUCACUAUUGAAAACGGAUCAGUUAUUCUAGGCAUUGCAAUUGAAAACGCCCAGCACGAGGAUGAGCUCUGGAUCUUAGAUUUCCAGCCUUAUUACUUUGACACUUCCAAACAACCGGUGGUUUUCACAGACUGUGGAAUGUUAGUCGCCGCUCAUACUGGUAACUGUUCCAACGUGUUUCAAGAUCUACCCUUCAAUGAUACUUCUGGGUUUUAUAAAGACGAUUACCAACCUAACGUACCAGGGGAGAAAGAACUCUUUAACAGACUGUCUCCUGGAAAUGAUGGAUAUGUUGAAAAAUCCAAUGGACUGACUGUAAAAACAGAUAUUUUGUCAUUCAAAGGAAGCAUUGAUCAGUUUUUUGCCUGCGUGGACAGUGAUGGCAAUUCAAUAUGGGAACGUCAUGUCUAUGAGGAGUCUAUUGAAUUCAACACCACUCUAUACAUGACCAACGUCAGACCAAAGAAAUCUAAUGACGGAGAGAGCGGUAUCUCGUUUAUACAAAGUCACGUGAUUUUGUACUGGAGAUUGCUGCGUACUGCUAUAUCAAGAUUUAUACUGAGUUCUACAGAACAGAUUAAACCAAUAUUUCAAUAUGCUGUUGUCAAAACAGUUUACAUUGAUAACGAUGAAAGCAAAGAACCUGACAGAAAUAAAGCAGAGGUCGAGUUUGCUUUCAAGACCAUAACUGGUUUGGAACAUGCAAUGGCGGUCUACCAGGACAAUUCUCUAGUUUAUGUUCCCGCUGAUGUUCAUAAUUCUCUCGACUAUGUCCAAAAUGAUCCCGUCGAAAUUACACUUUACUAUCCUGCAGCUGACGCUAAUCCCAACGCCCAAGUACUUGUGAGUGGAGAACGUGUACCGUUUUGCCCUUCUAGUGCCGACAAUAUCGACCCAAUAGCUGAGAUAAUGUGUAAUGAAUUUGGGUUGACUGUGCAAGCGAUGUUCCUGAUACCAGCCCCGUCGUCUGAUAUUGCCAUAGUGAAUGUUGAGUGCAACGGUGAUGGAUCCAACUUUGGUGAUUGUACCUAUGACAUUGGAUCGGACGACAACUGUACUCAUGGUAUUUUGGAAAUUACCUGUUCUACAAUAGCCAUCGAAAAUCUUCCCAAAUCCUGUCACGACUACCUCCAAGCGGCGAAACGAGAGAACAUAAUAUUAGAUGAUGGCAUCUAUGAGAUUGAUGUAAAUGACGAACGGAAAACAGUUUACUGUGACAUGACACGUGACGGUGGUGGAUGGACCCUGGUUAUUACAACCAUUGGUCAAGAUGGUUUCAGUACGUCCAAUAUAUUGGACCACAAUUCGAAUGCACCAUCUGUGACCUCAGACUAUUCGAUACUGGGACUUGCUAACUUCAUCAAAGAAACUAGCGAUGGUGAAAACUUCCGGUACAGAAUAGAAUCUGGGAAGCCAGGCCAAGAUGGCGGUAUAUGGGAGGCUCCUCUCUCGUAUUCUUUUGUGGGAGUUGCAGGCUCUGUCAACACUCGGUUAAUCGAGAAGUUUGGGGUGUGGGAAGAUAAUCUACCAGGCGGUACUGGUCCCCAGAACGUGAUGCCUUUCUUAACUCCAGACGCCAACCUUUUAACCACAGGUGGUCCUGGACAAUUCGGUACGAUUGUAUGCAGCUGCCUAGCAACAGAGUUCAAUCCCGCGCCCUGGAUAGACGGCAUUGACAACCAGCCUGAAAAGAUUUGGUAUUGGUUUAAAGAAGACAAAUCGGCCCCGACUGCAGGUACUGUGCACACUUCUACAUACGAACACCCUAUGCUGGCACCAGAAUGUGAUUUAACUGAGUAUCCAGGAAAAUGUACCCAGCACUGGAGGUACACUGUUAUAUUGGACGUAGACGACACUGGUAUAACAAAUAACAGGCCAAUAGAUGCAACAGGUGAAUUUGUACUCGGGUUUCAUACACACACAUGUCCCAACUUAGCGCAUGGGCAGAGAGGUGACUGUCGGCAAAUGGAUGUGCCAAUUGCAUACAUCGGGAGUACGAUAACAUUACAAACCACGGUGCAAGUUACUGACGCCGAGAAGGACAAACCGAUUGUGCUGCUGAAAAAAAUUAUAGGUCGUGACCCGUCGGUUGAUCUGCGUGAUGGAGCAGUUGGAGUGCACCACAUGGAACAGGUUACCAUGGAAACUCACUUCUUUCCUGAAUUUCUGCGUGAGCGUUUUGAGAUGAAACUGACAUUAUUUAUGGUGUGCAUUGGUGUCCACUAUAAAGAUGACCCAAGUGGAUGUCUAAGCGCACCUGAUAACGACACCUAUGUGGCUAUGUUAUCACCCGACUUCUAUUACUCGGCACUGAUAGACCCCAGCGAUGAAUCUCUUGGUUUCGUGGAAUUCGUUCCCGACAACUUGGAACAUCUCUUGCGACAGACUUUAGAUGAAAACAUCUAUGUUCACAGACGAGAUAUUCAUAGCGUCAAGUUCACAAACAGAGCUUUGUCAGGCCUGGCCAGAUUCUACACCAUCACCAACGUGUUCUUUCUCAUAGACCGCAACGAGCCGGAAGUCACUGCUAGCCCCGGAGACAGGCGAAAGCGUAGUAGCACAAUACUUGUGUCUCACAACCUGGUUCGGAGAGAGAUCGAAGAUACGUUGUCAUUGUCACACUCCAUGCGACACACUAUCAAGUUUUCUGGUUGCCCUGACAACUCUGUUCAUGAUGCUGAACAACUGAGAUGUGUGUGCAUCGAUGACAGCUACAUGUAUUCUGCAGAUUCGUUUAAAUGCGAACCAAGUAUAGAAAGUCUGACUGACAGGAAACUCCCAGCAGAUUUGAACAGUGCUGCUUCGACCGUCCUCAACACAUACGUUAAUUUUUUUGUCCUCGCACUGAUGUAUGUUAUACUCAAAUAUUGAUAUCUGGAGUUUUUUUUAGUUUUUUUUUAUUUAUUUUGGGUAACGCUAUCCCUAUUCAUGUAAUUAUUUGUGUUUUUAUCAGUUUCAACCUAUCAGUUAUGCAAUUAUAGAAAUACUUUUUUCUAAUUUCAUGUAUUAUGACUAUCUUUAAUAUUUUUUUUAAUAUUGGUUCUACGUUUGAUUUAUUAGUUGAAAGAAUACUUAUUCUUCUAUGCUUUAAAUUAUGAAAUUUAUUUCCACUACUAUAUCCAAUAUUUUGUUACUGAAAAUGCUG